AUGGCUGAAGACAAAAAUCACUCGGAAAGCAACAGAAAAGACUCCCUGGGAAAUCUGAGAGGAAAGGUGGAACUGAUAGGGAGGACCUCUGCCCGAGGAGGUUCAGAGGAGCAAACUGUGCGCUCCGCUGCCCGGGCGCCGGGCUCGCGGAAGCGGGAGCGUGUCGCUCUGGCCGGGGAGGCGCCGGCAGCCGGAGCUGCGCGCAGGGCGAUUCCCGAGCAGCCAGAGGGGAGAACACAGCGGGGCGGACGGGGUCAGUUCCAGGGACUUACCUGGUCAUGUUGGCUCUGGGCAGCAGCCGCCACCGCCUCCCGCGCCGCCACCAGCACUUUCCUCCAGCGCCUUCGCGCCCUGCCACGGCCGCGCAGCCGGCGCCGGCCCGCGCCGCCGCCUCCGGGCGGCCAAUUUAAUCCCGCGGAGCAGCGGCCGCUGCCGCGGAAGCCCCUCUGGUCGCCGCCGCCGCCCAGCCCUCGUGCGGCCAGCCCAGUCCAGAGCGAGGAAGUGGAAAAGAGUCAGCGAGUGAGUCCAAAAACCCGAAAUCCAGCAUCCAAGGGAGCGCGUCCCCCCGCCCUCCCUCCACCCCUACCCCCUUUUCCUCCUCCUCCGCCUCCUCCUCCUCUUCUCGGGCCGUCCUCUUGGCCCUUCUGAGCCCGCGGCUUCCGCGGCGGUUUCUCCUCCUCUCGCUCCUCCUGCUCGCCCGGCGCCCGUUUCUCUCGCUGCCGCUGCCGCCGCCGCCGCCGCCGCCGUUUGUCUCCUCUCCCUCCUCCUCCUCCUUUUCCUCCUCCUCCCGCUCCUCGAUGCUCCGCCGCUCGCGGCUGGGGGGUCCGGGGCCGCGUCUCCUCUCCUCCCUCCGCCUCUCCUGUUUCCUCCUUCCUGCUGCCUCUUCUUUUAAAGCGGAUUCUUUGGCCACAAAUAGCAACUCGGCUGCCCCCCUCGGUGCCUCCCUCCCCUUCUUCUCUUCUUCCCCCCAAAAGUGAAGCGCACGCGAGGUAAAGAAACGAAGACCCUGAGAAUUUAAAAUCAUCCAACUAUUUGGUGCCAGAAGCAGGACAAGAACUCAGAUAUCAUGAUCCAGUGCCCUCCAUCCCACCAACUGUUCAUCACCUCCACAUUCUGGAUCAAAGAAGCCAGUUUUCCAACUUAUCAGUGAGCAAUACAUAUAGAAUAUUUAAAAACUCCAAAUACUUACAUGAAGGAAAAAUGAAGCAAUAGGACAAGACAUUUUCUUAGUUCCCUUCCAGCUCUAACAUUCUGUGAUAAAUAGCACACAGGAGCUUUGCUAUAGCACACCCCCCUCUAGUGCAUAAUUCAGCAUACGAUGAGUAUGAGUCUGUUUUGGACCCCAUCCAAAGGAGUUAGUUCCUAGAAGUACUUGGAAGAUUUAUUCUCAUUUAUCAUGAGGCAUCCUAACAGGAGACUAAAAAUAAUCAUGAUGACAAUAAUAGUAAUCAGUUGUUACACUUGUAUUAUGUACUAAGCAUCGUGCGAAGCAUGUUAUAUAGUUCACCCGUUUUUGAAAAGGCACAUCAUGACCUUGUGUGGGUUGCAAAUCUAGUGGGUCAUAAACAACUUCUGAAAUGAAAGAAAAGUAGGAAAAAAACACAGAGUACAUUAUAUGUACUAAGUUUUUUUGUUUUUUUGUUUUUGUUUUUGUUUUUUUUGCAAAACUUCCUUUUUGAUCAUGUGGCUAGUGAUUAAAAGUUUGAAAGUCACUGCCUCAUUUCCAAUCUUAACUGCCUUGCCAGUUAAGUAUUAUUAGCCCCAUUAUGUAAGUGAGGAAACAGGACAAGAGAGGAUAAGUCAUUUGGCCAAGCUGACAUAGUGAGUGGCCAAGCUAGAAUUUUGAACCUAGAUCUGUUUGACUUCAAAUCCAAUAUUUUCACUUGUAUAGUGAUGAUAAAUUAUUAACCAAGGUAUGGAAUAAAUUGUUGCUAAUCAUA